GGAAGGUGACCGCGGUGAGGAGAAGGCGUCCGCCAUGUUGUCGCUGUCAGCCCGUUGCGGCCCGUUGGCGCCUUAUCUGGCGGCGGCCGCGCACAUCGUGCCGGCUCCGCAGAAGCCUCUGGUGCCGGAGCUCCCGCCGGGGCCCAAGAAGAUCCUGUCCUUGGAUCCGAGGCGGCCUCUGCUGUGCCGGGAGUCGCUGUUCGGCCAGGCGAGCCGGGGAGGCCUGGUCGUCACUUCUUCCCUCAACGCUCCUGCCAGCGUUCGUUACGUCCAUAAUGAUAUGGUUGUGCCCGACUUCUCUUACCAUCGUCGCAACAGUGUACAAGACACCACAAAAUCCUCCCAAGAUAGCAGCGCUGAGAGAAAAACCUUCACCUACUUUUUCAACGGAGCAACCUAUUUGCUCUCUGCAUACUUUGCCAAGAAUGCUGUCGUUAUGUUCAUCGGCAGCAUGAAUCCUGCUGCUGAUGUAUUGGCGCUGGCUAAGAUUGAGAUCAAGCUGUCCGAUAUUCCAGAAGGCAGGAAUAUGGUUUUCCAGUGGAGGGGAAAACCCCUGUUCGUGCGUCACAGAACCCAGGCCGAGAUUGAUCAAGUAGCUAAAGUACCUUUGAGCGAACUUAGAGACCCACAGCAUGAUAUGGAUAGGGUGAAGAAACCGGAGUGGUUGGUAGUGCUAGGCAUAUGCACCCAUCUUGGCUGUGUACCAAUUUCAGAUGCUGGGGAUUAUGGUGGUUAUUACUGCCCCUGCCACGGGUCCCAUUAUGAUGCAUCUGGCAGAAUACGUAAAGGCCCAGCUCCACUCAAUCUGGAGGUGCCAGAGCAUGAAUUCGUUAGUGAAGAUAUGCUUAUCGUCGGUUAAAUAUCUGGAUUCUCGUGUACACUUUUGAGGAAAGAAUCGAGUCAUAAGAUAUUGCAAAAAAAUUACAGUUGAAUUGUGGGACUGUUUCGUCAGCUUUAAUAAGGCAUUAAACUGAUGUCCUCUAA